UCGUCUUCUGAUCUAUAUAUGGUCGCUAGACUCACCUCUUUUUGCUCUCUGUACCAAGCAUAAUAUCCACCAGGACAUCAACGAGAUACCCCGAGCAGCUCACCGUGCAGUCCAACUCAUAAACCAUUCACUAUGCUGUCCAAGCUGACGCAGGCCUUGCUUCCCCUCCUCGCCGUCUCGAAUCCGUUUGGCGUCCGCGGGCAGUCCAACUCCACCAACUCCACGACGCACGCUCCCGGCGUGGGCGGCCACGGCGCCCAUUGCGUCACGGGCGCCACAUACUGCGGCUACAUUCUCCUCGAGGACCAAGGCUUCAAUGAGACGACCGUCAAGGAGGCCUGGCUCGCCGGCAAGGUCCACUCUCAUUCCGGCCUGGACAGCGGUGGCCAGGCCGUGGCGGCCGCAAACUCCACCGACAAGGCCUGGCUGAGCACGCUCUACGUCUGCCUUCCCGUGGACGCCAAGCCGAAGCUCGAGGGCCGCCAGAUCCCGGGGGUGUGCGAGGACGCCGGCCCCAGGAAGUUGGAGGUGCUCGUCUACUGCAAGGGUACGGGGAAGAUUGAGGAUGUGUGCCUGAAUCCCGAGGGCGACCGGAUCGGCCGGUGCAAGAUUGCUGGGAACGUGUAGGGUCUGUAGUCGCAGCAUCACAACAGACUAGGUGCAUGGUGGGA